GCUUCAGUCUCUAGUCAACUACCUCCGAGGACAGUUGAGAGAGGAAAGGAGCUCCGACGACCCGGGCCGGAUUAUUCUCCAUCCAUUCCACUAGUUCGCCAACCGAACAGCUGUUCGUAUUGAAAUCGUGCCCCCAUCAUCACAAAAACGAGGUUUAAACAGUGAAAAACGCACGAUUACUAAAUGAACAGCAGAUGAAGAAAGUUCGAAACAUGUGGACCGAUAGAACAACCGAAGAGAGAUCGAAAAUUCCCCCUAGCGACAAUACAGAUUACGUUCGGAACAAUGUGGAAUACGGGUCUGCAAAUGUGCCAACAGACCUCGCCAACUGGCACAUACCCAGGCCCUCACUUUGGUGUGCAGACUCAAACUGUACGUGUCACAUAGCCAGAGAACGUCCAGAAUGGCCGGGCGAUCUACAAGGACGAGGUUCGACUUCCUCGCAAGCGUCCAGCUCCAGCAACACGAGUACACAGAGUGGAGCAUCUGGAUCCCUUCUGCUCACAGCGGCCAAUCUCGCCGCUCUGAGGUACGAACCGACGAUAAUGAAGUCUCCUGACACGCAGUCGGUCGCAUCUUCUACCCACUUCACCGUCGUAAAUGGUAUAACGAGAAGAAAGGCGCAACCCUUGCCGACGUGCUGUUGCCACUCGCAUCAACUCACAACUCUAGUCUUCACAAUGUCCAUAAUUUUCCUUGCGGCAAUACUAAUGGCUGUUAUUUACUUGGAAAUGAGAUGGCGAGACAUCAACUUACUCAGAUGAGGAGAACAACGAGAAAUAAUGUGAUCCCAUAAAAAUCAAAUUUCAAAAAAAAAAUAUGAUGUGCUGUGUAUUUCUUUUUUAAUAACUUAAAUAAUUUCAAGAGGCAUUACGGAUGAAGCGUAAAGUGCGACUUCUAAGACUGUGGCUGUGAUAGAACGUACUGCACGUAUUUCGUCGUGUAUCUCACAACGCAGGGACAAAUGAAGGUAUAAAAAAUUACACCAGUAUAACAUGUUUCAAUGAUUGUGAAUACCACAGGUAAUUUUUACAACGAAGAUAAUGUGAUGUAAGAGAAAACGGUGACACAUCAAGAGAUGAUGAACCAAACGCAUGGAUAGAUAUGCAUACAAGAUCCAGUGCCAAACAGCGACCAUCGUCCUACCUGCAGAUACAUAUAACUAAAACAAUAGUGAGAUUUUACGAAGGCCGUUUUCCGAGAUGUAGGGCCAUGCAGUUCCGUAGGUACUGACAAAUGUUUCAGAGGAACUUACGUCCUCAGUCAUCGUGGCACGGUAGAACAACCUUGAAGACAGCCAUCUUCAUACUCGUCAUCAUGGGAGCCUAAAAUAUCACAUUUACCACAAAUUAAUACUAUGUGGCAUGCUAAAUUGUUACUGAAUAAUAUUUUGCCAAUGGUAUAAAUUAAUUCUUAAGACGGCUGUCUUCUGGGUUGUUGCGCCGUGUAGUCUGGUAGAUGUUUACCAACGUUUCAGAGGUCAUACUGCCUCCGUCAUCAGGGCGACGACAGCCAUCUUCAGACUAACCACUGUGAAAACCUCAAAUCCUACUAAGAUUUUUCUUCCGUAUUUCUUUAAGAAAUGUUCAUUGUGAGAUAAAUUCAAAAAGUAAAGUCACGGUACGAACAGAAAAUUAUAAAUUAUAAA